AAAACAAAUAGUCUCCCGCGCAUUUAUGUAACGAUUUUUUAUCCUAUGCAAAAUUGGAUUAACAAAAUAAGCCAUGUUAAUAACGAUCCUCGCGAUUUUUGGAGCGGUGGUGUUGUUUUUCUCUUUACUAAACUUUCUGUGGACACCAUUGGAAUUAAUAUCGUCCUAUUUGAUGCCCUUUUUCCUGCCAUCGGAAGUGGAGCCGUUGUCAAAGCGAUUUGGACCUUGGGCGGCGGUGACGGGCUGCACGGACGGCAUCGGCAAGCAUUACUCCCUCGAGCUGGCCAAACGAGGGCUGAACAUCGUCCUCAUCAGUCGGAACCCGGAGAAACUACACGCCGUGGCCAAGGAGAUAGAGCAGACGCAUCAUGUGAAGACCAAGGUCAUCGUGGCGGACUUCACGCAGGGCGCCGAGAUAUACCCCCACAUAGAGAAACAGCUCAAAGACCUGGACUUGGGGAUCUUAGUAAACAACGUAGGCCUAAACUACGAAUGUCCGGUCGAGCUGUGCUGCGCCCCCCCGUCUCGAUGCUGGGACCUAAUCGUCGUCAACGUGGGCGCAGCCACCAUGCUCACCCGCGCCAUGCUGCCUUACAUGGCGACCCGGGGGCGGGGGGCCAUCGUUAAUAUCUCCUCGUCGUCGGAGCUGCAGCCUAUGCCGCUUAUGGCUGUAUAUGGAGCAACUAAGGCGUACCUCCGUAGCUUCACGCACGCCAUCCGCGAAGAAUACGCCCCGAAAGGCAUCUACGUCCAGCACGUGGCGCCCUUCUUCGUGUCCACCAAGAUGAACGCGUUCUCCGCCACUGUGAUGGCCGGCGGGCCGUUAGUUCCCACCCCUGAAGCAUACGCAAGAUAUGCAGUCGCUAUGUUAGGAAGGGUGCAGGACACGACGGGGUACUGGGUCCAUGGAGUUCAGGCUUUCUUCACCCAGUUGGCUCCGGUCUGGUUCCGCACGAAGGUCGCCUGGCACCUCAACCAGGGAUUCCGGCAAGAAUAUCUACGAAAUCAGAAGGUGCAAUAGGCUAGGACAACAAUCUUCUUCAUGCGAAAUUGAACUUUCUCUCCAUUUAAUACGGUUGACAAUUCAAUAUCAUCUCACUAUACCUAUGACUCUUUCUCAUAUUACCAGCGAGCCGCCCCGGCUUCGCACGGGUUAACAAAUUAUACACUUAAACCUUCCUCAAGAAUCACUAUUGAUACGAGAAACCGCAAGAAAAUGCGUUCGUAGUUUUUGAGUUUAUCGCGAACAUACAAACCCAUAGACACAAACAGACAGACGCGGCGGGGGGGUUUGUUUUAUAAGUUGUAGUGCUUACUCAAAUUUUAUUUUAGACAUUUAGCAUUGAUUUGGAUAAUUUCGGAUCUAAUUCAAUUUAGUUACCUCUAAGGCUCUAAAUUCCGUUUCAUAGUUAAGUUCAUACUUUUGUACAAAUAUAGUCUUACUAAUAAUAUAAGAUGGCCAUAUGUGAUGUUAAUUUUAAAUAUAUAUAUUUUAAGCAUUGCC